AUGUGUAUUUGCAAGUCAAUUCCUGCAGAGUCAGUUGGUGAACUAUCAGCCAAUCAAACUGGCUCGGAUGUGCUGUUGUCUUGGAAAGCCUCCGCGAUGGAACACCAGCGAGGCUUCAUUCGCGGAUACACCAUCUACCUGGCAAAAGCCGCACUUCUGGAUCUCGUGGCUAACAUCUCUGACCCUGAGGUGCGCUCAUACAGGGUGAAGGGUUUGCCUCUGAGCUCGUACAAGUUCAUAGUGAAGGCCUACACUUCAGCUGGAGAGGACAUGGGGUCGACUGUGGCCAUUAAAAUGGAGAUGGACACAACCAACAUGCUGCUUGUUGGUAUUCUUGUGCCGUUGGCAGCCAUGUUCUGCUGUAUCAUCCUCAUCAGCAUCUGCUGCUACAAGAAGAGAGAGUGGGUAAAGAAAGCUUUAUAUCCUGAAAUUCCUGGACCUAAAGUGGCUGGAGACUGGCCGUCCACACAGGGUCCUCUGGAUGUGAAGCCCUCUCCCCACAGCCUGGUCCACAUUGUGGAUGAUCCAGAGUGGGAUUUCGGUAAGAAGGGUCUGGUCCCGGUACCAGAGGAAGAGGAGGAGUUUGAGAACGACAACAUCGAGGUAGACACCGACUCCGACGAACCGGCCCUCCUGAGAUAUUACAACCAGGUUGUCGGUGACGGCUCCCACAGUAACCAACUCUCAGACUCCUCUGGUUCCUCGACCGCCUCCGUGGGCUCCACGCAUACUGAAGUCACCUACACCGGCAUCCAGAGCCCGAGCUCUUCACAGGGUGUGUGUGCCGGCGGAGGUUACCGGCCUCAGAUGCAGUCCGCCGCGGAUCCAGACGAACCCGAAGGCGAGUUCCUUGAAGACGACGCCUUGAAUACAGGCUAUAAACCCCAGUGUUCCUGGCAGCUGGAUUCUCCGGAGGCGGAAAACUUAAGUGGUUCGCUUGGCAGCCCUACAUCGGUCACAUCAUCCCAGUUCCUUAUCCCAGAAUCCUCUGAGGAGAAACCACAGUCUUCCAGCACCUGGUUCCACAGUUUUCUCUCGGGAAAAUCCUGAGAACGCACUACUUCACUUAUGUUUUCACGUUAGUUUUGUGCCGUUCACCUUUACGGGGAUGUUUUCAGUUCGUUUUAGACUUGGUGCCCUUACUGGAAAUCGUUCACAAUUAUGUAAUCAACAUCACUACUGUUUCUCAAUGACUUGUGCUAUGGCCAGAGAGGUGAAGUACUACUGAAGAGCUGAAGGUGGCCGUAUCUUCCGCUCGCUCGACGCAGGAUGACGCUUAAAUCAGUGUUCGUCCCUCUUUCUGCAGUGUUUUUGGAGCGAUCGGGGUAAAUCUACACCCUCGCAGCAUUAUAUUGUGCACAACAUUUCACUGCGCUUUUUUAUUCUUAUUUUAACAGUUUUGUAGCAGUCAAAUGUAGGAGGACCGGUAAAACAUGUUGAUUUGCAUUUCAAAAGGCUGCAUUCUCGAAGGCUGCACCGUUUUCAGGUGAUUUAAAAUAGGAAUUAUGUAGCCUCAAGCUACUUUUUCUCCAGUCUCUCUCGAUGUAAAUGUAAACCGAUAUGUGUGCAGUAAAUAAGCUGACUGAACAAAAGGAAAAGCAGAAUGGGGAAACGUGAAUCUUGGGUUUUGCUUUAACCUUUUAUGACAUUUCCCUGAUUUAGGAACACCGUUGAAGUGUUCACAUGAUCUUACACUGCCGGCUUCAUCGGUGUAAAAUGAAUGUAAACACACUCAGUGUUGCUUAAUGAUGCGGUGCAGCUAGUUAGUUUUUAACGUGUUUUUGUUAAGAGGUUGAUGCUCAAUCACGUAAAUCCUCGGCUAGGGCUGCACAAUUUUUGAUUUUCAAAAUAUGAGUGCGAUUUUUAAAAUGAAUUUUAAUUUUAAA